AUGUAUCCAAAUUCUACGCAAAAUGAUUCAGACGAGGGACUGAUUGCAGUUGACUUAUCAAGCAGCAUUCUUGUUGACUCCUUAACUGCAAUGACGCAAAAUUUUAUUCCUCCAGAUUUAAUGCAGGGUAUUGAAGACAACAAUGAAGAUGAAUCAACAAAGCUAACUUUAGCUUAUGAAAGAUUGUAUGAAUUGCCAAAAACAAUAGUGGAAAGAUUCUGUGACCACAUAAAGUAUUUAGAUAUUAGCCACAAUAAAAUAACGAACCUAGAUGGCUUAGUUUACUUCAAGCACCUUUCAACCCUUAUAGCAGAUGAUAAUCCCAUUACUGAGAACUGCUUGUUGCCUCCUCUGCCUAAAUUGCAAUUAUUAUGGCUAAAUCGUUGUAAGAUAUCUUCACUAUACCCGUGGGUGGGUAAACUUAAAGAAUCAUGUCCAAACCUUCAGUAUCUAUCAUUGAUGGGCAAUCCAGCAGCUCCCAGUUACUUCAAUGGUGGUACUUUCUAUGAAUAUCUCCAAUAUAGGCUAUUCGUCAUAUCCCAGUUCCCAUCUCUCCUGCACCUGGAUGAUAGAAGAGUGUCAGACGAUCAAAGAGAAGAAGCCCAUAGGCUUUACCGACGGCCACUAUUAGAAAGAAUAGUUAAACCCAAUACAGGAAAUAUUUCUCAAUUAAUAAGCAGUUCUGUUUCUUGGAAUUCUAUGCAAAAUAAACUACUCUCCUUUUGGGGAAAAGACAAAGAACCAAGAAGAAAUCUGCUUAUU